UUUUUUUUUCCUUCAUUUACAAAGCACAUAAACACUUUAACAAGGUUUUCUUUAUUUCAUUUUUAUUUCGUAUUUGACAUAACCAGUUUAUUUCCUUUCAUUUUCAACGAAAAGAAUAUACAAAUAAACCUAAACUUCUGUAGUUAAGUUUAUUUUAAUUUAGAAAAUCUUACAAUGGCAAGUAAUGAUCCGGGAAUGCCCAUCCCUGUAGGUGGUGCGCCUUCCCUUUAUUCAAAUCAAUAUGAUCAGUACGCGUAUGAAACGAAUCCUCAAAGCGAAGAAAAAUUAAAAGAAAAAUCAAGAAAAUGGCAACAAUUGCAAAAUAAACGUUAUGGCGAAAAAAGAAAAUUCGGCUUUAUUGAGCAUGAAAAAUCUGACAUGCCUCCUGAGCACCUUCGUAAAAUUAUUAAAGACCAUGGUGACAUGACUGCAAAAAAGUUUAGACAUGAUAAACGUAUUUACCUUGGUGCACUUAAAUAUAUUCCCCAUGCUGUUUUAAAGUUAUUGGAAAAUAUGCCUAUGCCUUGGGAGCAAGUAAGAGAAGUAAGUGUUUUGUAUCAUAUUACAGGUGCAAUUACCUUUGUCAAUGAAAUUCCUUGGGUUAUUGAACCUAUUUAUAUUGCUCAAUGGGGUUCUCAAUGGAUUAUGAUGCGUAGAGAAAAGCGUGACAGAAGACAUUUUAAGCGUAUGCGUUUCCCUCCUUUUGAUGACGAAGAACCACCUCUUGAUUAUGGUGAUAAUAUUAUGGAUGUUGAACCUCUUGAAGCUAUUCAAAUGGAAUUAGAUGAAGAGGAAGAUGCUCCUAUUUAUGAAUGGUUCUACGAUAAUAAACCUUUGAUAGAUACAAAAUAUGUCAAUGGUUCAACUUAUCGCAAAUGGCGUUUAGAUUUACCCAUUAUGUCCACUCUAUAUCGUAUCGCAAAUCAACUUCUGUCAGAUCUCAAUGAUAAAAAUUAUUUUUAUCUUUUUGAUCUUAAUUCCUUUUUCACUGCAAAGGCAUUAAGUAUGGCUAUACCUGGUGGGCCUAAGUUUGAGCCUUUGUAUCGUGAUAUGGAUACCGCUGAUGAUGAUUGGAAUGAAUUUAACGAUAUCAACAAAAUCAUUAUUCGUCAACCCAUUCGUACCGAGUAUAAGAUCGCUUUCCCUUUCUUGUAUAAUUCUCUUCCUCGUAGUGUUAAAGUUUCUUGGUAUCAUUUUCCUACAGUUGUCUAUGUUCGUGCCGAAGAUCCUGAUCUUCCUGCAUUUUACUUUGAUCCUAUCAUCAAUCCCAUUUCUUCUCGUACUGUGGCUGGUGCUGGUACAAAGCAUGAAGAUGAAAUAUUUGGUGAUAAUGAAGAAGAUGCUGAAUUCACUUUACCCGAAACUGUUGUUCCUUUCUUAGAUGAUACUGAGCUUUAUACUGACAAUACUGCAAAUGCUAUUGCUCUUUACUGGGCACCUCAUCCUUUUGAUAAACGAUCUGGUCGCACUCGUCGUGCUCAAGAUGUGCCUCUUGUAAAAAAUUGGUAUCUUGAACAUUGCCCCCCUGGCCAACCUGUCAAGGUUCGUGUUUCAUAUCAAAAGUUGCUUAAAUGCUAUGUAUUAAAUGCUCUUCAUCAUCGCCCUCCAAAAGCCCUCAAUAAGAAAUAUCUAUUCCGUAGUUUGAAGGCUACUAAAUUCUUCCAAACUACACAAAUUGAUUGGGUUGAAGCAGGUCUUCAAGUUUGUCGACAGGGUUAUAAUAUGCUGAAUCUCUUGAUUCAUCGUAAGAAUUUGAACUACCUACAUCUUGAUUAUAACUUUAACUUGAAGCCUGUUAAGACAUUAACAACUAAAGAAAGAAAGAAGUCACGUUUCGGUAAUGCUUUCCAUCUUUGUCGAGAAAUUUUACGUUUAACCAAGUUGGUUGUUGAUGCACAUGUUCAAUAUCGUCUUGGUAAUGUGGAUGCUUUCCAAUUGGCUGAUGGUCUCCAAUAUAUCUUUGCUCAUGUUGGCCAAUUGACCGGUAUGUAUCGUUAUAAAUACCGUUUGAUGAGACAGAUCCGUAUGUGUAAAGAUUUGAAGCAUUUGAUCUAUUACCGUUUCAACACAGGUCCUGUUGGUAAAGGUCCUGGUGUCGGUUUCUGGGCUCCCGGUUGGAGAGUUUGGCUUUUCUUUAUGCGUGGUAUCGUUCCUCUUCUCGAACGUUGGUUAGGUAAUUUACUUGCUCGUCAAUUUGAAGGUAGACAUUCUAAGGGUAUCGCUAAAACUGUUACUAAGCAACGUGUUGAUUCUCAUUAUGAUUUGGAAUUGAGAGCUGCUGUACUUCACGAUAUUAUGGACGCCAUGCCUGAAGGUAUUAAAGGCAAUAAAUCACGUACUAUCCUUCAACAUCUCUCUGAAGCUUGGAGAGCUUGGAAGGCUAAUAUUCCUUGGAAGGUACCUGGUAUGCCCGCUCCUAUUGAAAAUAUGAUUUUACGUUAUAUCAAAGCUAAGGCUGAUUGGUGGACUAGUGUUGCACACUAUAAUCGUGAACGUAUUAGAAGAGGUGCUACUGUUGAUAAGACCAUCUGUCGUAAGAACUUGGGCCGUUUGACACGUCUAUGGUUGAAGGCUGAACAAGAGCGACAACAUAAUUAUCUUAAGGAUGGUCCUUAUAUUACAGCUGAAGAGGCUGUUGCCAUUUACACCUCUACAGUUCACUGGCUUGAAAGCAGAAAGUUCUCUCCUAUUCCCUUCCCUCCUCUUUCUUAUAAGCAUGAUACUAAAUUACUUAUCCUUGCUCUUGAACGUCUUCGUGAAGCUUACUCUGUUCAAGGUCGUUUGAAUCAAAGUCAAAGAGAAGAAUUAGGUUUGAUUGAGCAAGCUUAUGAUAACCCUCAUGAAGCCCUUUCACGUAUUAAGCGUCUCUUAUUGACCCAGCGUGCUUUUAAGGAAGUUGGUAUUGAAUUUAUGGAUCUUUAUUCUCAUCUUAUUCCUGUAUAUGAUAUCGAGCCUCUUGAAAAGAUCACUGAUGCUUACCUUGAUCAGUAUCUUUGGUAUGAAGCGGAUAAGCGUCACCUCUUCCCUGCAUGGAUCAAACCUUCUGAUUCUGAGCCUCCACCAUUAUUGGUUUACAAGUGGUGUCAGGGCAUUAACAACUUGACCGAUGUAUGGGAUACUUCAGAAGGACAGUGUAACGUUAUGAUGGAAACAAACUUCAGUCGUGUUUAUGAAAAGAUCGAUCUCACUCUCUUGGGUCGUCUUUUGCGUCUUAUUCUUGACCACAAUUUAGCCGAUUAUGCUACUGCAAAGAACAAUGUUGUUUUGAAUUACAAAGAUAUGAAUCAUGUUAAUGCCUAUGGUUUGAUUCGUGGUCUUCAAUUUGCUUCCUUCAUCUUCCAAUACUAUGGUCUUGUUUUAGAUUUGUUGGUCUUAGGUCUUCAUCGUGCUAGUGAAAUGGCUGGUCCUCCCCAACUUCCUAAUGAUUUCUUACAAUAUCGUGAUGUAGAGACUGAAUCUCGUCAUCCUAUUCGUCUCUAUUCUAGAUAUAUUGAUCGUAUUCAUAUCUUUUUCCGUUUCACUGCAGAUGAAGCACGUGAUCUUAUUCAGCGUUAUCUGACAGAACAUCCUGACCCUAAUUUUGAAAACAUUGUAGGCUAUAAUAAUAAGAAAUGCUGGCCUCGUGAUUGUCGUAUGCGUUUGAUGAAGCACGAUGUUAACCUAGGCCGUGCAGUAUUUUGGGAUAUUAAGAAUCGUUUGCCUCGAUCUUUGACUACCAUUGAAUGGGAAAAUAGUUUUGUUAGUGUAUAUUCUAAGGAUAAUCCAAACUUGCUCUUCUCGAUGUGUGGUUUUGAAGUCCGUAUCUUACCCAAGAUUAGAAGUAUGAAUGAAGAAUUUACGUUGAAGGAUGGUGUCUGGAAUUUAAUUAAUGAGCAAACCAAGGAAAGAACUGCUCAAGCUUAUCUGCGUGUUGAUCAAGAAUCCAUGGAUAGAUUCCAUAACCGUAUUCGUCAAAUUUUGAUGGCUUCUGGUAGUACCACUUUCAGUAAGAUUGCUAAUAAAUGGAACACUGCUCUCAUUGGUUUAAUGACUUAUUUCCGUGAAGCUGUUGUCCAUACUCGUGAAUUGCUUGAUUUGCUCGUCAAGUGUGAAAAUAAGAUUCAAACUCGUGUCAAAAUUGGUCUUAACUCAAAAAUGCCUUCUCGUUUCCCCCCUGUUGUGUUUAUGGCUCCUAAAGAAUUAGGUGGUUUAGGUAUGUUAUCUAUGGGACAUAUCUUGAUUCCUCAAUCCGAUUUGCGUUGGUCUAAACAAACAGAAACUGGUAUUACUCACUUUAGAGCUGGUAUGAGUCAUGAAGAAGAUGCAAUGAUUCCUAACUUGUAUCGUUACAUUCAAUCUUGGGAAUCUGAAUUUAUUGAUUCUCAACGUGUUUGGGCUGAGUAUGCCCUGAAGCGUCAAGAAGCAAAUGCUCAAAACAGACGUUUGACCUUGGAAGAUUUGGAAGAUUCUUGGGAUCGUGGUAUUCCUCGUAUCAACACUCUUUUCCAAAAGGAUAGACAUACCCUUGCUUAUGAUAAGGGCUGGCGUGUACGUACAGAUUUCAAACAAUAUCAAGUAUUAAAGAAUAAUCCUUUCUGGUGGACGCAUCAACGUCAUGAUGGUAAACUUUGGAAUUUGAACAAUUAUCGUACAGAUAUGAUUCAAGCUUUAGGUGGUGUAGAAGGUAUUUUGGAACAUACUUUAUUCAAAGCUACACUUUAUUCCAGCUGGGUUGGUCUUUUCUGGGAACGUGCCUCCGGUUUUGAAGAAAGUAUGAAAUAUAAGAAAUUGACCAAUGCUCAAAGAUCUGGUUUGAACCAAAUUCCCAAUCGUCGUUUCACAUUAUGGUUUUCUCCUACCAUUAAUCGUAGUAAUGUAUAUGUUGGUUUCCAAGUACAACUUGAUUUGACUGGUAUCUUUAUGCAUGGUAAAAUCCCUACCUUGAAGAUUUCUCUUAUCCAAAUUUUCCGUGCUCACUUGUGGCAAAAGAUCCAUGAAGCUUUAACUAUGGAUUUUGCUCAAGUAUUUGAUCGUGAAUUGGAAGCACUUCAAAUUGAAACUGUUCAAAAGGAAACUAUUCACCCUAGAAAGUCUUACAAGAUGAAUUCUUCCGCUUCUGAUAUUCUUUUAUUUGCUGCCUAUAAGUGGCCUGUUUCUCGUCCUUCUCUUUUAAGUGAUCCUAAGGAUGUUAUGGAAGGUCCUACUACGACCAAGUACUGGCUUGAUAUUCAAUUGAGAUGGGGUGAUUACGAUUCUCAUGAUAUUGAAAGAUAUACUCGUGCCAAAUUCUUGGAUUACACUACUGAUAACAUGAGUAUCUAUCCUUCUCCUACUGGUCUUAUGAUUGGUGUCGACUUGGCUUAUAAUAUGUAUUCUGCUUACGGUAAUUGGAUUCCUGGUAUGAAGCCUCUUAUUCAACAAGCCAUGAGCAAGAUCAUGAAGGCUAACCCUGCACUUUAUGUCUUACGUGAACGUAUUCGUAAAGCUCUUCAAUUGUAUUCAUCUGAACCUACUGAACCCUACUUGUCAUCCACUAACUAUGGUGAAUUAUUCAGUAACCAAAUUAUUUGGUUUGUUGAUGAUACUAAUGUGUAUCGUGUUACUAUUCACAAGACCUUUGAAGGUAAUUUAACGACUAAACCUAUUAAUGGUGCUAUUUUCAUUUUCAACCCUCGUACUGGUCAACUCUUCUUGAAGAUCAUUCAUACAUCUGUUUGGGCCGGUCAAAAGCGUCUUGGUCAAUUAGCCAAGUGGAAGACUGCAGAAGAAGUUGCCGCUUUGAUUCGUUCACUUCCUGUAGAAGAGCAACCCAAGCAAAUUAUUGUUACUAGAAAGGGUAUGUUAGAUCCCUUGGAAGUACACUUGCUUGAUUUCCCUAAUAUUGUCAUUAAGGGUUCUGAACUUCAAUUACCGUUCCAAGCUUGUCUUAAGAUUGAGAAGUUUGGUGAUUUGAUUCUUAAGGCUACUGAACCUCAGAUGGUCUUAUUCAAUUUGUACGACGAUUGGUUGAAGACCUUCUCUUCAUACACUGCUUUCUCUCGUUUAGUACUCAUUUUACGUGCACUUCAUGUGAAUACAGAUAAGACAAAGAUGAUUUUACGUCCUGACAGAAGCACAAUUACUGAGCCUCAUCAUAUCUGGCCAACACUUACUGAUGAAGAAUGGGCAAAGGUAGAAGUUCAAAUGAAGGAUUUGAUUUUAGCCGAUUAUGGUAAGAAGAACAACGUAAACGUUGCUUCUCUUACACAAUCUGAAAUCAGAGAUAUUAUUUUGGGUAUGGAAAUUCAAGCACCUUCUCUUCAACGUCAACAAAUUGCUGAAAUUGAGAAGCAAACUAAGGAACAAUCACAAUUGACUGCUGUUACAACCAAGACUCGUAACAUUCAUGGUGAUGAGAUGAUUGUUACUACUACAAGUAAUUAUGAACAAGCUACCUUCUCAAGUAAGACAGAAUGGCGUAUCCGUGCCAUUUCAGCCACUAACUUGUAUUUGAGAACCAACCAUAUCUAUGUAAAUUCGGAUGAUAUUAAGGAAAAUACCUAUACCUAUGUUAUGCCUAAGAACAUCUUGAAACGAUUUAUUACUAUCUCUGAUUUGCGUACUCAAAUUGCUGGUUUCCUUUAUGGUGUCAGUCCCCCUGAUGCACCAAAUGUAAAGGAAAUUCGUUGUGUUGUUAUUCCUCCACAAUGGGGUACACAUCAAACAGUUCAUUUGCCAAAUAACCUCCCUGAACAUGAAUAUUUGAAUGAUUUGGAACCUUUAGGUUGGAUUCAUACUCAACCCCAAGAAUUAAUGAAUAUUUCUCCUCAGGAUGUUACUACACAUGCUAAACUUAUGGCCAAUCAUAAAACAUGGGAUGGUGAAAAGACAAUCACCUUAACCUGUUCCUUUACACCUGGUUCAUGUUCUCUUACUGCUUAUAAAUUGUCACCUGCUGGUUUUGAAUGGGGUAAGGGUAAUAUUGAUCCUGGAAAUCAACCUCAGGGCUAUUUACCUACUCAUGGUGAAAAGGUACAAAUUUUGUUAUCUGAUCGUUUCCUUGGUUACUUUAUGGUACCCACUGAAAUUUGGAAUUAUAACUUUAUGGGUGCCCAAUUUAGUGCAAACAUGAAUUAUAGACUUGUUUUGGAUGUACCAAAGGAAUUCUAUCAUGAAUCUCAUCGUGGUGCACACUUUAUGAACUUUAGUAGUGAAACAGAAGCAUCAACAGAAGCUGAUAUUGAAGAUGCCUUUGCUUAAUUUGUCCUUGAUUUUUUUUUCCCUUCUUUUCUUUACUUUUUAAUUCGAAUCUUAUAUGUAUAAAUUAACUUCAAUAAAUAAAUAUUAUCGUAAAACUA